AUGGAUGAGUCUUGUUUCUUUCAAUAUUAUUCAACCUCAACAAGUCAAGACUUCUUGUCCGAAUCACCGUUUGGAUCACUGUCACCGGAUACUUUUUCCGGCUGCUGGGACGAGCUUCUUCUCAACUUCGAUGACUUUGAAGAAAUGGCUGCGGUGGAUAUGGCGGCGGCCUCAGAUCAGUCCAACAGCUCCAUUAAUGGCGUUGUUACAUCGGAUAUUGCUAAUAACGAAGAGUUACCCAAGAAAGAAAAGGCUUACAUCGGUGUAAGGAGGCGGCCAUGGGGGAAAUACGCCGCCGAGAUUAGGGAUUCGACGAGGAAUGAUGUUAGGGUUUGGCUCGGAACAUUCCACAGUGCGGAAAAAGCCGCUUUAGUUUACGACCAGGCGGCGCUCUCGACGAGAGGAUCAUCGGCAAAGCUUAAUUUCCCGGUCGAAGUGGUCAUGGAAUCGCUUCGGAACAUACGAUGCGAUGACGGUUGCUCGCCGUUGGUGGCGCUGAAGAAGAGACACAGCUCGAGGACAAGAUCGAAGAACAAGAAGAUCAUCAGCGAAGGAAACGGAGUCUCCAGAGAGAGAAGACAGCAACAGAACUUGGUCGUGUUGGAAGAUUUAGGAAUUGAUUACUUGGAACAGCUUCUAAGUUCAUGUGAAAUGACCCAGGACAUUGAAUCUUGUAAUGAAAUAAAUUUCAAAAUCGCUUAA